GUCGCUGUUCCUUUUGUUGUUUAAUCUCAAAGUUAUGGUUUUUGCUUUUGCUGCUAUUUUGAGCGUCUCGUCUCAGCGUAAGAGCGCUUGUCACGCCAGCUGAUAAGCAUUAAAUAUUUAACCCAAGUGACACUGCGAUGUGCCUUUGAGGAGCACGGCUUCCUCGGGCAAUAAAUAAUCAUAAACAAAAUCUAACUAACUAAUAACUUGGUGGCAUUUGCGAUACGAGUUUGUUUAUCGUUCAUUAUUUAGUUCGUAAUUAAAUAUGUUUUUCGUGACUCAAAAUGUUUUGCCUGUAUUGGCUGGCAUUUGAUUUGGUACGCGAAAUUGAGCUUGCGACAAAUGGCUGACACUGAAUGGGAGGAUAGCAAAUGUGUGCCGGGUGCAAUGGUUUUGUGUGAAUUUGAAUAGGACGUUGGCAUAGGAAAUAUUCGAAUUAAAUUGAGUUCUCAUUUAUAAAUAUCGAUCAAGCUCUGUUUUGAUUGUUGGUCUGGACUGAUUGGCCAGCAUUGAAUGAAUUAUUCUCGAUUAAAAAUUUCAAAAAAUCCGGUAAAUAGUGAAAUAACAAGUAAAGACCAAAGCAAAGUAAUGAGAAAUAAGCAAUAAAAAUCAGAUAUGCUUAUACGUAUGUAUGUUUGCUUGUAAGAAAAAUUGUAUUGCUGAGUUAAAAGGAAACAAUAAAGGUAAAUGACAAGAAGGAAAACAAUCAAAUAAGGAGUUGAAAUAAAUGAGAUCGAAAAAAAUACAUCAAAGAGUUAAAGAAUCAAGUGUGCAGUACAACCGAUAUACAUAAAUACAUAAAUAAAUAAAUACGCGCAUAAACCGUGUGCAGUGAAUUGUGAAAGAAAUUUGCAUAUUUAAUCGUGUAGCAAUAACAAAAGCCAGCAACAGAAGCAAAAGCAACAGAGCAACAGCAACAAUGCCUGAAGCCAAAUCCAUCUUCCCUUUCGUUUAUACACCGGAACCGCCCAAGAAGGCGGCAAUCAUAAAAGUCUCUUGCGGCAUCGGUGAUACGGACGGAUUUCCCGCCUUUGAUGUUGACUCAGAUGCUUAUGCGGCCAAAGAUGAUCCCAAAUGGGGUUUCCUAAUCACGGGCGGUGCAGAAUUUCACAUGCCGCUGACGGUAUUUCAGGUAACGCCCGACGGUUUAGCGGACAAAGGCGGCAUCCGCUUGGGUGACAUCAUACUGGAAAUAAACGAAGAGGACGCCACGGAGUUGACACUUACGCAGGCACACGAGAAAAUUGAAACUUCCGGCAAGAAAAUCCAUUUCCUAGUGAAGAACAUGGAGGAAGAUCAGGAUUUCGAAUUGGGCGAGGAGAAGUCGAUUGUGCUGCGUGUGCCGAAGCCGGCGCCACCGCCGAGAGUAAAAUCGGCUGCUUCAAUUGAAGCUCGUCUGUGCGAAAUGCAGCGAAAAUUAUCGGAAAUUGCGGAAAUACCGAAAAUACUCUCCUCCACACUCGCCACCGUAUCGCAAACUUUUGAAAUAUUAAAGCCCAAUGAUUUGCAGCAACAACAACUGCUACAGCAGUGCCAACAGCAACGCAAGUAUUCUUACGAUGAGGAUGCACUGGAUUACGAGUUAAGUGGCGCCAGCACUGCGGAACGUCUCAAGUUGAAGGCGAAGGGAAAAGCAAAGGCUAAAACCGCUUUCACACUGAACGAGGUAAGGCUGGAGCACUUGCCAAAGGACGCAACGCCGGAAUCGGAUUAUGCAUCGGAAGGCAAUUACGAAUCAAAUGAGGCAGACACGGAUGAUGAUUAUGGGGAUGGCGAAGAUGGCGACGAAGAUGGUGGCGGAGCCGAUAUUAGCGAAACUAGUGAUGAGGAGUCGGACGGGAAAAGUACUUACACUUUCGCUCUAACCGGAAUUGAUGUUAGUGACGUUGAUGCCGCAGAAACUGCUCAAUAUUCAUAUGUAACGCGAAUGAGGCCGGCAAAGCUAAAGCAGCAGAAAAUGCAGCGAAAGCAACAACAAAAUGCGCAAUACCAGCGCGGCAAUGUCAAUGUCAGUGCCGUUAUAGGUGUAGGAGUAGGCGGCGCUGCUGAUAUGUCACGAAUGCGGUAUGAAUCUAAAGAUUAUGACGAAGAUGAUGAUGAUGAUGAUGACGAAGGCGAAGGCGAGGAGGAUACGGACGACGAUGUUGUAACAGCCAGACUUGUUGCCGGUGACUGCGGUAACAGUGAUGACGAAACUGCAGAGGAUGAUUAUGAUGACAAUGACAACGAUGGCGCCAACAAUCGCAACCGCAACGAUGAUGACGAGGAUGAUUUCUUAACCACUACAUACACCUGGAAUUUGCGCAAAAUACCCAAGCUACAGUUGAACGAUGAAGAAAAACAAUCUUCCGAUGAAAGCAAUUCAGUCAAGGAUCAGAUUGAUAUGGAUGACACUGAUGAGGAGAAACCAAAUAAGAAAGCGCGUUGGUGCCAUGCCGACUACGAUGACUUGCAACAAGAAAAACAUCGUAAGCAAUGGGCUGCGGAUGAGGUCGGAAAGGAGAAGAAAUUCUCGGAGAAAUUGGAGCGUUCCUGGCCCUGGGCUGAUCGAGAGAAAAUCAUUUACAAGCAAUCAACUUGUCACCUGGUUCGUCGACGACCAUUGGGUUUGGUGGAGCAGCGCAUCAAAUUAUUGGCUAAACAGAAUCUCAGUGGCAGCUUGGAAAAACAGCUGCAUUGAAAAUAAAUUACUUAUUGCCUUGCCGCACGCGUGACAGGAAGUUUAUUGGCAUUGUGGGUGCGAGACCAGCUGCCAAAUGUAUUGGAAAUUAGUUUUGUCGACAGAUUGAUUUGUCCUCUUCUCCUGCCAUUCGAACUGCCAUUUAUAUUGAAUUUUCAAUUUAUUAAUAAAUUUGUUAUGAUAU